AUAGAGACUUCGCUCUCUUCUUCCAAAAAUUUUUCUACUCUGUAUUUUUUCUACAGUCCAACAAUCAUCUCAUAGGAUGCCUCAAGGAACUGGAGCUGUUCAUUGCAGAAAAGGAUAGAAUUAACUGAGAAAUUAGAAAAUGAGUUGAAGCUUAGACAAGCACUGGACAUCAAAGAAAAACAAAUGGAUUCAUUGUGUAACGCUCGAACUUGAGACUACAAAAAUGGAGGGUAUUGAACAGCUCAAUUCUACCAAUAGGGUGGGUGUUGAUGAACUCAUUCUUGGAAACCGGGUAAAUGCAGAUGAGGAAUUUUCUGGCUGAAGCAUUCAGUAGAUCAGCAGGUAUGGAAUAUCAAACAUAAACUUGACUGCUAUUGAGGCAUAGUGAUGACUAUGAUAUCAUUGAUAUGAACUUAGAGAACCACGCCCUGAAGCUAACUGUUGAGGUUGGAGAGCCCAAGUCCAUAUAUACCAUUGAAAUCCCAUACUCUCAAUGUGGGACACAAGUUUCCUUGCAAUGGGAUCGUAACAUGAUAGCUUAGAGAUUGAGCAGAUGGGCUCUGACAUUGAUUUUGGAAAAAUGCAGAGUACUAUUUUCUUGUCUGAGAUGGAGCCAGUAGAGCAGCAAUGGAGAUUGACAAUUGAGAAAGAUGCAUUAGGUAUUCUGAUUAAAGGCUUUGUGAGGGACAUCCAGGAGAAUUUCAAAGCAGAAGUCAGGGACUGGGAAAAGCAAGUUUCUCUUGGACUGAGCCGGCAUUUGUCAGAUUUGAUGAAAGAUAUUAAGUGCUUGAAUGAUGAACUAGAAGCUCUUUGCUCAUCCCAAAGUAAUCACGAGGUCGAGAUUUCUCAAAAGCCAAGAGAAAGGUCUUCAUCAGAAGAAGACAAUCAUGGCAAACCAAAAAUUUCACCAUAAGGAUUGAGAAAGUUGGCCAACAGAAGCAGCUUCAUGAAGAGGAUCCAGAAGAUGUUGGCAACUAUGUUGUCAAAUUGAUAAAAAAUCACGAGUCCAUUAUCAAGAGAAAAAACAAAGAGCUGAAAUGGAAAAUCUUGGCGAAAAAGGGUGUUCACACCCUAGGAAAGAAGAGGAUCUUGUUAGCCGUA